AUGGGAAAGCAUCUGCAUGUGGACAAUGCACGUAGCAUCGCACGCUAUUGCCCCCGGUUCAAGAACCUGAUCGUGUGGGAAUGGAUGGAAUUCACCAUAAGUAGUGCCAGGUUCGUUGACGAUGACUCUGACAGUGAGACUGAAGAGGAAGAGACAUCGGCCGGAGAUUUCCUCAUGGCUCUGCGGCGCAAUACCUUGGAACGGUUCGAGAUCUCUCGUGAUUCACACUUCAAGCCUUCCAUGGUCCAGGGCCUGGUUGCUCAUUCCCAAUCCAUGCGUGUGUUGAAAUUGCCCAAGUUCCGGUCGGAGCUGGUGGUCGAACUCCUGAAAUCGAAUCCCCUGCAGUCCCUCGAAGCUGUCCACUUUUUCCUCGGUUAUGAGAAACGCGCUGAGAUAGCUCAGCCGUUCGGACAGUGGCUAGGUGCUUGCCAAAACUUGCGUCGGAUCGAGACUUGGCUUUACCAUGACGAACUGUUGAUGCUAGCGAAUGCCCUCCAACAUCCCAUCCCUUCCUUGGAAGUCCUUAUCGUCCAGCAGAAUUACGAGGAUGAUCCCAGGAUCAUCGACGCCUUCUACCGCGGUGUCUCGCGUCAGCGAAACUUGCAGGAGCUCACACUUAACACCGAGAUGACAAGCAACAAGAGUGUAUUCAUGUGGUGCCUGUUCCAUUUAAAGAAGCUUCGCAAACUAAAUCUGAGAAGAGUGUCGUCCCAGCUCACAUUGCCCGACAUUGGAACUCUUACCUCCAACUUCCCCGACCUCACCUGGCUGGGUCUGUGCGUGACUCCGGUCGUCGAUGAAAUCUGGGACUACAUCGUCGCGCCCAAGCUCCGCUACCUCCAUUUGGUCGGCAUUGGUGUCUUGCAUGCUCAACCAGUCCUUGAUUUUAUUCAUCGGUUGGGCGAGCAGAACAGAGGAUUCACACUGAAGCUCAAGUUCAGCACCUUUGCGGAGCUCUACACCACGGUCUCGGACGAGGAUCAUCGCGCCAUUGCGUACGCGCUGUUCAGUCAUCUGGAUGGUCGUCUCCUUCCUUACAGAGAAAUGCUCUAG